CUUAAAAAUGAAAUCCAUUUUCGUGUUGUUCACCAACUUUUGUGUUUUCACCUUUUUCAUUGCUCUACGUAAUGCACCGGUUUUCUUAAAGUAUUUUUGUAGUUUUCUCAAGUGAAGUUUGUUUUUUUCUUUUUUGAUUCGAGUUAGAGUUCUUAAUUAAUUUUAAAAAAACUGCCGACUUUUGUGAUGAAAAAUGUGUUGAGAAUAAAUUUCGAAUGAAGGAAAACAUAACAGAGAAUGAUUGAAAAAUGGGCUCAGAGCAAAUUUAUCAUCCAAAAAUAUUAAUCACAAUAACAAGGGAACAUUUUGAAGGACAUAUUGAUUUUGUAUUGCAAAAAUGCGAAGAAAAUCAAAGGAAACAUGAAAAAAGAAUUCGGAAUCGAUGAAGAUACAACUUGAAUAAUGCAAAAAACAUGGCUAACUCGAUUCGAAUUUACAUUUUAGUUGAUUCAGAGUUCCAUUUCGUGCAAUGUGCAGUGCCCCGUAGGCCACAGCCUGUGUAUGAAAGUGAAGGGAAUAUAACAGUUUCUCCACGAAUUGUUGGUGGAAUAACGGCCCAGGAAGGGGAUGUCCGUGGAAUUGUGUCGAUUCAAACAAUCAAAGGCAAUCACUGCUGUGGAGGAACAUGGAUCAGAUUUGGAAAUAGAUCGCAGAUUUUAACAGCUGCCCAUUGCAUCUUUGUUGAUGAUCAACUUAUUCCCGAAUCAUUCCUGCAUUUGCUGCAGAUAAUGGGUGACGAUUUAUCGAUUUCAAAAUCUUCGCCGGGUCCUCGUCGCCAAAUUGGAAAAGUCAGAAAGAUAGUUCCUCAUCCGCAAUAUAGUCCGGACACUUUACAUGAUGAUAUUGCCAUGAUAUUUCUGGACAAACCGUUCAAGGAGACAAGCACAUUUGGGUCAAUUCAAGUAGCGGAUGAAAAUGUUGUCGACAAUCAAACGUGUAGCAUAGCUGGUUGGGGUACUACGGCGAAAUCAAUUGAACUGUUGAUAGCGAAUGUGUCUGUGGUUCCGCGGGAAAUUUGCAAUGGAGCACACUCCCACGAUGGGAAAGUCGGUCCACAUGCAUUUUGCGCUGGAUCGAUGCACGGAGGCACUGACACAUGUCAGGGCGACAGCGGCGGUGGAAUAACGAGACAAAAUCGAUUGGUUGGAGUCGUUUCAUGGGGUCGUGGCUGUGGACGUAAGACUUUUCCCGGGAUAUAUACCAAUGCUUACGAAUACAGAGACUGGAUUGAAAAAACGAUACAACUAGAAAAUGUAUCACCACCGAUAACCCAAUCAACCGUUUUGAUGCUGGCAACCGUAUUUGCUGCGAUCUUCGCACGAUCGAUAUUUUAGUGACCAGUUUGAUACAUGACAUAAAUUCCAUUGUUUCGAAACAUUAUACGCCCAUUCCACACGAAAUCAAUCAAAAUUCACAUGGGUUCUCAGAAUUGGCUGAAACUUUGCACGAAUGUUGGGUUUGGCAAAAAACUCAGAACGCCAAAAUUUCAGCCCGGUAUCUAUUACUGGUGGGUCCGUACAGAUGGUCGAAAAAUCGAUUUUUUCGAAAAUGGAGUUUUUUUGCUCUGCUUGUAAAAAAUUUCAAUGAAAUUAUAAGUAAAUGAAAUUUUCACACAUUUUAGGGUUUGAAAAGCCCUUUCCAGCGCACAUUUGAUAUACACGUCAAAAACCCAUUUGGACCGAUUUUUGGGCUAAAAUAGCUUCAGGCUAACAAAAUAAAAAUUACCCCCAUCAAAAGUGUCGAUUUUUAUGUUUUUAUGUGAUUUGGCGUCGAAAAAUCUUCGAU